UCAUUAGUUUGGGCACUUCCGGUUUACUUUGGGCACUUCCGGUUUACGAUGUUCGUCUAGUUCAUAAACAAUAAGAAGUAGUCGAGUUGUGUUAACUCUUACAAGCCUUGGAAAAGAUAAGUCUACAUCUGUGAAGAACAUCUUCACCCUUAGCAACAGAAGUGGAGCUUCAGGAUGCGGACAGAGGAGCCACAGCCCUCCCACAUUAAGAAGGAAGAGGAAUACCCACUGAUACCCCAUUUUAAAAAGGAAGAGGAGGACCCACUGACACCCCAUUUUAAAAAGGAAGUGGUGGAUCCACUGACUCCUCACUCUAAGGAGGAAGAGGAGGACCCAGUGACCCCUUACAUUAAAGAGGAAGAGGAGGAAGAGGGCAUCAGUCAGCCUAAAUGGUUGGAGGAGUUCCCAGUGACUGGUGUCCCUGUGAAGAGUGAAGAUGAUGAGGUGAAAGGUGAAAGUGAGGAGAGGGGAGGGGGGGAGCCUCCAAGCAGCAGCUCAACACAACACAUGACAACAGAAGCUGAUGGAGACCACUGUGGAGGAUCACAAGCAGACAAGCUCUUAGCUCCACUAUCAGAUAGUGAGGACACAACGUCACACUCUCCUGACACUGAUGAUGAAGACUCUAAAGAUGAUAAGACAUGUCACACUGACAACACUCACUUCACAUCUUCUCACUGUCACAAAACUCUUAAAUACCAUUGUCGUCUGAAAUCACACAUGAGAACACACACUGGAGAAAAACCUUUUUCUUGCUCAGAAUGUGGUAAAGGUUUUACACGAAGUCAACAUUUGAAAGUACACAUGAGAACACACACUGGAGAAAGACCUUUUUUAUGUUCAAUCUGUGGGAAAGUUUUUAUUCAAAGGUACUAUUUAAAAUCACACAUGAGUACACACACUGGAGGAAAACAUUGUUCCUGCUCAGAAUGUGGUAAAAAUUAUACUCAAAGCCAUAAUUUGAAAACACACAUGAGAAUAGACACUGGAGAAAAACCUUUUUCAUGUUCAAUCUGUGGUAAAAAUUUUACUCGAAGGCAACAUUUUAAAACACACAUGACAAUACACACUGGAGAAAAACCUUUUUCAUGUUCAAUUUGUGUCAAAAAUUUUACUCAAAGGCAAUCUUUGAAAGUACAUAUGAGAUUACACAAUGGAGAAAAAAAAUGUUUCCUGCUCAGACUGUGGUAAAAGUAUCGUACUAAAUCAAAGUUUAAAAGUACAUAUGAGAACACACACUGGAGUAAAACGUUUUUCAUGUUCAAUCUGUGGUAAAAAUUUUACUCGAAGGCAAAAUUUUAAAACACACAUGACAAUACACACUGGAGAAAAAACCUUUUUCAUGUUCAAUUUGUGUUGAAAAUUUUACUCAAAGGCAAUCUUUGAAAGUACAUAUGAGAUUACCACUGGAGAAAAUAAAAUUUCCUGCUCAGAAUGUGGUAAAAGUUUUGUAAUAAAUCAAGGUUUAAAAGUACAUUUGAGAACACACACUGGAGAAAAACCUUUUUCCUGUUCAAUCUGCGGUAAAGAUUUUACUCAAAAGAAGCAUUUCAAAGCACACAUGACACUACACACUGGAGAAAAACCUUUUUCAUGUUCAAUCUUUGGUAAAAAAUCUAUUCGAAGGCAACAUUUAAAAACACACAUGAGAAUACACACUGGAGAAAAACCUUGUUCCUUCUCAUAAUGUGGUAAAAGUUGUGUCAUAACACAAAGUUUAAAAGUAAAAAUGAGAACACACGCUGGUGAAAAACCUUUCAUAUGUUCAGUAUGUUGUAAAAGUUAUAUAGAAGGACGACAAUUAAAAUUACACAUGAUAUAGCACUCUGGUGAAAAACCAUACUCCUGUUCAAGAUGCAACAAAAGCUUUCGUCACCGACAAUCUUUCACAGUACACAUGAGAAUACACCCAGGAGAGAAAGUGUUGAGUUGCAGUGUGUGUGGUGAAAGAUUGUCUUCUAAGUACCAGUGUAAGAAACACAAGUGUGCUGGUGAGAACAGCAGCAGCAAAUGAAACUGCAGGAUUUGAAAUAAACUGUCCAGACUUUCAUUUUGACUUUCUAACAACAUCAGCACAUAUAACAUGUGUGACAUUGUUGUUUGUCUAACAAUCUGUUUAAUAUGCUUCUACAUUUAUAGAUUAGACACUUCAGAUUAGUGUGUUUAUUACAGUCAAGUACAUGAGUUAAUAUACACAUUUGUGUACUUUGAAAUGAACACAACAAUUUGACUGAAAAGGUGAGAAUAAACAGUACAUAAAAUUAUGUUACAUGCAAUAAACAUUGUAUGUGUAAAUAUCCAUAAUUUACCUCUCUACUUAUUCAUAAUAGUGUUUUAUAUGUUUUUUGAAAAAUGACGUGUUACAUAUCUUAUUUUCUAAUUGUAGAUAAUUGCAUAGAUGAACUCCUUUAAAUGAUGUACAUAUUUGUUUUACAUGUGUUCAUACCUUUGCUUUUGAGUACACAUAAAUCCCUCUUAGUUCAUAUUUACUGGUUCACAUCUGAAACAUCUUCUGGGCCACUUCUGGAAGCAUAUUAUUAUUUACUUUAUACAUCAUUUGAACAGUUGUCUUUUAUACAAGAUCUUUUACUUUUAUAAUGUGUGAUUUUUUGAAUAAUUUGUUGGGUCUCUAUAAUCCAUUCUAUUAGUUGUCUUUAUUACUCUCUUGUGUAAUAUGAUGAUUGUUGUGUGAUUGUUUUAUAUGUAUGUCCCCAGACUUUUAUGCAAUAAACAAUGUAUGUUUCAACUGAA